AAAAAAACAAAAAACAGAGAGAUAGAGGGAAAAUAGCAAAGAGAGUCAUGUUCUCCCUGAAGUUUUUACUCGUCUCUCUCUGGCAACUCAGUUGCGUACUUGCUUUCUCUCCCAGUUCCUCCAACCACGCUCUAACUGUGUAGUCUAACCUGGUUUUCCCUCUAAAUCAUCGGAAAUUAUCCCCUAAAACCCCCCACAAAAUACUGUCUUUGUUCCGGAUAAAUUGAGCACACGAAAUCACUUCUGAUCGUACAUCACUAUCCUUUUGAUCCCUGAAGUUAGUGUAAUUUAUGGUGAUGCCCAACUCGGGUGGCUUCGCAGUGACCCGGAACCACGUUUCGGACCGGUUCUACAACCCUCCGCCGGUUCGGAGACAGCAACAGUUGCUGUUGCAGCAGCAGCAGCAGCAGUUGCAGAGGGCGGUGAAGUCGGAGUCUAGAGUGGACUCGAGCGACCCGGAUAUCCUGACUGACUCGGAAGAGUCGACAUUGUCCAGGCCCAACUCUACAUGCUCGUCAUCUUCCCCGAGAAACACCGACUUGACCAAUUUGGAUCGGCUUAUGGAAUCGUUCACUCCCGUUGUCCCCGCUCUGUUGCUCUCCGAGACAAGAGCAAGGGGAUGGAGAGCUUGUGAAGUUGAUGGACACCCAUUUUUUAGUCUUGGUGAUCUUUGGGAAUCAUUUAAAGAGUGGAGUGUGUAUGGAGUGGGAGUGCCACUAUUAUUGAAUGGCAGCGACUCUGUCAAGCAGUAUUAUGUUCCAUUUUUGUCGGGCAUACAAUUGUACAUAGAUCCACAUAGGCGGAGACUUUUUACCAGGAGGCCUGGUGAGGACAGUGAUGCUGGGUCUCCAGGAGAGACAUGUAGUGCUGGCAGCAGUGACUGUGAGGCAGAAAGGCAAUCUAAAAAUGUUGUUGAUGGAGCUAGGGGUAAUCAUAAUCUCAUCUCCUUAAACUCUCAGAGGAUGAGGAAGCUAACAUUGAGAGAAAAACCUGCCAAUAGUUCAUCCAAUGAUGAACCAGAGGUUUACAGCUCACCCAAGCUCCCUAUAUUUGAAUAUUUUGAACAAGAACAACCGCACCAUCGCCGACCUUUAUAUGAUAAGGUUUCAAAUCUUUCAUCUCAAUUUCCAGAGCUGCAGUUGUACAGGAGCUAUGAUCUUCUGCCCACAAGUUGGGUUUCUGUGGCUUGGUAUCCGAUAUAUAGAAUACCUAUAGGUCCAACACUGCAAAAUCUGGAUGCAUCUUUUCUAACCUUCCAUUCCUUAUCGACACACUCCAUAAGUGCAGGCAAAAAUCAAUCAAAGUUUCAUGCUUCAAGUGGCAGGAAGGUCGAUGGGAAUGAGCUAUCAUCAAAGAUUUCCCUGCCCCUUUUUGGCCUUGCUUCGUAUAAGUUGAGAGGUUCAAUUUUUACUCCUAGUGGAGCCAAAGAAUGUCAGCAAGCAAACUCUCUAUUGCAGGCUGCUGGUAUUUGGCUCCAGCAGUUGCAGGUUAAUCUUCCUGAUUUCCAGUUCUUUGUUUCCCAUGGCUCACAAUGGAGAUGACGGGGGCUUGACUUCAAAUGUUCUUCCAUAUGGGCAUAGAAGUUUAAGUUGUAUUGCCAGAAUGAGUUGUGAUAGAAUAUAAAUAUGCCUAUAAAAAAAAACGCUCCUAAGUAGCGGCUUGAUUUUCAGUGUUGUCAUCCUUAGAACAGUGUAAGUUUCUCCUCGGAAGCAGAACAGUCCAUAAGAGGUUGGAAGAGAAAACUGAAAAAGACAGACGCACGAGUCACAUGCAGUGAGCAGAAGGAACUUGGUCAUGCAACUAGAUUUUGUUCAAGUCUGCAGGUGUACAAAGGGCUGUUUAGACAGCUGUUUAUUGUAUUUGAGCAGGGCAUGAGAAACUGGGAUGCGAACAACACUGCAAUCAGAUUGCCUCACUUGUUUUUGGUUGGAUUUGGGGACUGGGGGAAGGGAGAGGUGGGGCUCAGUAUAUCCCUGAUUUUUGGACCAACACUAGGCAAUAUUGAUGGAACUUUCGGAAAUCUAAUACUCUUUGUCAUUAACUUUCGGAAGUCUAAUACUCUGUCAUUUAUAAACCCAUGCUAGCACACAGCUUUCAAAAUGUCUGCACUAAUUACAUUUAGUUUCAGCCGUAGUGUUAUACCCCAA